GCCCACCCAUUUGGCCUAGAGCUCCUCCGGUUCCAGUCGAUGCCGUGUCUUCAGCCUGCGGCGGUCUUCGGACUCCAGACGAACACCCAUUCUCCUUGCAAAGGUCAAGCUCUAUUAAGAACAGUGUUAAUAGCAGAAGACAAGACCAUAUUAUGUGUGAGGAAUUCUGUGCCUAUCACUCAAGAAUUUUCAACUCUCUGGCUAAAUGACUUUGUGCCAGUGAUACCAGAGUCCUACAGCCAUGUUCUUGCAGAGUUUGAGCCUCUGGAUCCAUUGCUCUCAGCCCUGCGGCUGGACUCCAGUCGUCUAAAGUGCACGAGCAUAGCUGUGUCUCGGAAAUGGUUGGCUUUGGGCAGUUCAGGAGGAGGACUCCAUCUCAUUCAGAAAGAAGGCUGGAAGCACAGGCUUUUUCUUUCACACAGGGAAGGUGCAAUUUCUCAGGUUGCCUGUUGUUUACAUGAUGAUGAUUAUGUUGCUGUAGCUACCAGUCAAGGUCUUGUAGUUGUUUGGGAAUUAAAUCAAGAGCGUCGUGGGAAACCAGAACAAAUUUAUGUGUCUUCAGAACACAAAGGCCGAAAAGUUACAGCUCUCUGUUGGGAUACAGCUAUUCUUAGAGUUUUUGUAGGUGAUCAUGUGGGGAAAGUUUCUGCCAUCAAACUCAACACUUCUAAACAAGCAAAGGCAGCUGCUGCUUUUGUGAUGUUUCCUGUGCAGACAAUAACAACAGUUGAUUCCUGUGUUGUCCAAUUAGAUUAUUUGGAUGGAAGACUACUUAUAUCUUCACUUACUCGAUCUUUCUUGUGUGACACUGAGAGAGAAAAAUUUUGGAAAAUUGGAAACAAGGAAAGAGAUGGAGAAUAUGGAGCUUGUUUCUUUCCUGAAAGAUGUUAUGGGGGUCAGCAACCUCUGAUAUACUGUGCUCGCCCUGGCUCCAGGAUGUGGGAAGUGAACUUCGAUGGGGAAGUUAUAAGCACGCAUCAGUUCAAGAAACUCCUCUCGUUGCCACCUCUCCCUGUGAUUACUCUACGAUCAGAACCUCAGUAUGAUCAUACAGUUGGAUCCCCCCAGUCUUUGUCUUUCCCCAAACUCUUGCAUCUUAGUGAGCAUUGUGUCCUGACUUGGACAGAGAGAGGAAUUUAUGUUUUUAUUCCUCAGAAUGUUCAAGUUCUUCUUUGGAGUGAGGUCAAAGAGAUUCAGGAUGUGGCCGUGUACAAGAAUGAGCUGUUCUGUUUGCACCUGAAUGGGAAAGUGUCGCAUCUCUCACUAGUAUCUGUGGAGCGCUGUGUGGAACGUCUGCUGAGGAGAGGCCUAUGGAACCUGGCUGCUCGCACGUGCUGUCUUUUCCAAAAUUCUGUCAUUGCCAGCAGAGCAAGAAAAACUUUGACUAUAGAGAAAUUGGAGCAUUUGAAAUCUCAGCUGGACCACGCAACAUGUAGUGACCUAAUUUCUCAACUAGAGGAAUUGAUCUUAAAAUUUGAACCUUUGGAUUCAGCUUGUAGCAGUAGAAGAAGCUCCAUUUCAUCACAUGAAAGUUUCAGCAUCUUGGACUCUGGUAUUUAUCGUAUCAUUAGUAGUAGAAGAGGCAGUCAGUCAGAUGAAGACUCUUGCUCCCUUCACAGCCAAACCCUCUCAGAAGAUGAGAGACUUAAAGAAUUCACCUCACAUCAGGAAGAAGAGCCACCACCAGAUCAGUGUUGUGGCUCACAUGGAAGCGAAGACAAUGUUUCUCACGCUUCAGUGGUGUUUGAGACAGAUAAGAAUGAAACUUUUCUCCCCUUCGGCAUUCCAUUAUCAUUUCGUUCUCCUUCUCCUCUGGUGUCUCUUCAGGCUGUCAAAGAAAGUGUUUCUAGCUUUGUGCGUAAAACUACUGAGAAGAUUGGCACCCUUCACACAAGCCCUGAUCCAAAAGUGAGACCAGAAGCCAGGGGUGAUGAGCAGUCAAGUGAAGAGGAUGUGAGUUCUGUUGCCUCCCCAAAGGAGGAAGACAUCGAGGAGAAAAAAGAGGUAACUAGUCAACCUCCAGAAGAAGACAUACUCCAGGAACUUAAAGUAGCAACAACAGAAGCAAUGACCAAGUUACAGGACCCCCUGGUUUUAUUUGAACCCAAGUCUCUGAGAAUGGUUUUACAGGAGUGGCUUUCACAGUUAGAACAGACAUUUGCCAUGAAGGACUUUUCAGGCAUUUCAGAUGCUGGCAGUUCAUCCAUGAAAUCGAACCAGGAUGUGCUAUUGCUUAAUGAGUUAAAAAAGGGAAUAUUAGAUGAAGACAACGAAAAAGAAGAAAGGAACUCCUUAGGGGGUGAAGAAACUAUUGACCAAACAGCAUGUGAAUCUCUAAGUAGUUCGAGGGAGCCCUCAGAUGACCUUUUUCAAGUAUGUUCUCCAUGCACCAUAGCAAAGGAUCUUCAGAGCGACCUGGCUGAAUUGACAACAUUGUGUUUGGAAUUGAAUGUAUUGACUUCUAAGAUCAAAAGUACAAGUGGACAUGUGGACUAUACUUUGCAACAGUGCUCUCCUGAAAUUCCAGCCUGUCAGUUCCUGAAGAAGUACUUUUUUCUCCUGGACUUGAAAAGAGCAAAGGAGAGUAUCAAGCUUAGUUACCCUAACAGCCCUUCUGUUUGGGAUACUUUUAUUGAAGGAUUGAAAGAGAUGGCAAGUUCCAAUCCUACAUAUAUGGAGAUGGAAGAAGGAGACCUACCAACAAGAUUGAAGUUAUUAGAUGAUUCAGUUCCUUUUGAUAGUCCUUUGUUGAUUGCUUAUGCUACCCGGUUGUAUGAGAAAUUUGGAGAAUCUGCCCUUCGAUCCUUAAUAAGGUUUUAUCCAUACAUUCUGCCAUCAGAUAUCAUGCAACUUUGUCAUCAUCAUCCUGCUCAGUUUUUGGCCUAUUUAGACAGUCUGGUGAAAUCAAGGCCUGAAGAUCAGCGGUCAUCUUUCCUUGAGUCCCUUCUACAACCAGAGUCUUUAAGAUUGGAUUGGCUACUUUUAGCAGUGUCCCAUGAUGUUCCACCAAGCACAAGCACUAUGGAUGAUGAAGGUUACCCUAGGCCUCAUUCACAUUUGCUUUCCUGGGGUUAUAGUCAGCUGAUCCUUCAUCUAAUUAAACUUCCCGCAGAUUUUACAACCAAAGAGAAAAUGACUGACAUCUGUAGGUCUUGUGGUUUCUGGCCUGGAUAUCUUACUCUCUGUUUGGAGCUGGAGAGGAGAAGAGAGGCCUUCACCAACAUUGUGUAUCUGAAUGAUAUGAGCCUGAUGGAAGGGAACAAUGGUUGGAUUCCAGAGACCGUGGAGGAAUGGAAGCUUCUCCUACAUCUCAUACAGAACAAGAACACAAGGCCAGCCCCCCAGGUGUCACUAAAUGGGAACCUCAAUGAUGGACCUUCCCCCAUAAAUGUGGAGAAUGUGGCACUCCUGCUCGCUAAGGCCAUGGGCCCAGAUCGGGCCUGGUCACUGCUACAGGAAUGUGGUCUGGCCCUUGAGUUGUCAGAGAAGUUUACCAGAACCUGUGAUGUCCUGAGGAUUGCAGAGAAAAGGCAGAGAGCCUUGAUACAAAGCAUGCUUGAAAAAUGUGAUCGGUUUCUCUGGUCUCAGCAGGCCUAGUGGAAGAAGAUUCAGCAGGAUGUCAUGACAUUUUGAGAAAAACUGAAUCAUGCUCCUGAACCUUCUGAAUGCAAUAGUUAUUGAGGAAAGGCACCACCCCCAAAUACAGCCACCUUUCUGGGGCUACUUUUGUCAGUAUCUGUAACCUUGGCAUUUGUGGCUCUAUGUGACCUCAGCGUUUCUCAACCACAGUUGGAUUUUGAAAACAGUCCAUGUUUGCUGGAAUCAGAACAUGAAUGUGCACAGCUAUGUAGUCUGAUUGGGAACUUCAGUAUUACUUGCGUGUCGCUAGUGGAUCACGGGGAAUUCUUGUCCUACUGUAGCUCCCUAGUUGGAAGCAGAAGCUUCUCAUCCUGCUCCCAUGAAUACAAGGUUAUUGUUUGGAGGUGAAUUGAUGUACAUCUUGUCAGAGGCAGUAUAGAAAUUACUGAAAUAAUGUACCUGAAUAAUGGAAUUAACACAGAAGUUAAUAUGUAAAACAUUGAAGAUCCAAAUUAGAUAUUUAAAUACAAUGGCCCCAUAUCUGCAUUAAGGUAAUUUAAAAUAUUUUUUUCCUGUAUUUAUUUGAUAUUUUCUAAUCUGAACCUAUGUAUAACUGAUUAAUUAAUUAUUAAAAAUGUAUUUCUAACUUUUUCUAAACAGAGAAGCCCAAAAGAAUCAUGCACUUUUCAAAAUUAUCUUUAAAAGCCAUAAUAAAAGAAAGCUGAGUACUAAUAAAGACUGCA